GUGCCUUUCCUUGCCUCAAAGUUACAUUCAACUUAAAGCGUGAUAUCGGCUACUACAUGAUUCAGGUCUAUGUCCCCACUGCUCUCAUUGUCAUAUUAUCCUGGGUCGCAUUCUGGAUCAGUAUAGACUCCAGUCCGGCACGUGUCAGUCUCGGCCUCCUUACGGUCCUCACUAUGACGACACAGAGUGCAUCUGCGCGUGCUUCAUUGCCACGUGUGUCAUAUAUCAAGGCUCUUGACGUGUGGAUGUCCGUGUGCCUGGUCUUUGUGUUCGCGUCACUCCUAGAGUACGCCGCUGUCAACGUCUUUUCGCGGAGAGAGAUUCCAAAGCCAAGCAAAGCUUCCUCGUUGAUGGAGAAAUUCAAGGGUCCGUCAGAUAAAUCGCUAAGGAGUUUAACAGAGGUGGAAAACGGUGUCAAUGGGCGAAAACAACCGCCGCAAUAUAUCCGAGAUCCAUUCGGACGCGAAAAAGCGAGGAUGGUGGAUAAACUGUCAAGAAAGUUAUUUCCAACGACUUUUAUCCUGUUUUGCCUUAUCUACUGGCCAGUGUAUAUUUUCAUAGACAUGUAAAGUGCUACGUUACGGACAUGAGAGAUCAACAGCAUAACGUAAACGAGUAUAACUGAAAAACGUGUUUCAGCUUACAUAAUCUUGACGUGUUGCAUGUCUGACCACAUGUCCCACCACAUGCGCACAUGCACAAGUGAUGCAUGUAGGCGCACGCAUGCGCAACAGAUAAAUGUGCCACGUGAAGCAAAAUGACGUCACCAUACACGUAUACAUGUAUGCUCAACAUUGACUGGCCAUGUUACCCAAUAUGUGCAUGGGAAAAUUACGGCUCUGACUGUGAAUUUCACUGUAAAUAACAUUGAAGACCACCGUUUUUUAGAAACAUUUUAACCAUUUGUAUGUAUUGAAGACGCGCUAUUUGUAUAAAGACACUGAAGCGUUCGGUAGUUUACAUUAAAGUUUGCAGUGCCCUUGAAUUAAUAUUCGAUAUUAUCUUGACAUCGAAAUGAAAGUUUUGAUUCACCCAGUUGUUUUAAUGUAAGGUAAAGAUGGGCUAUAAUUAUUUUUUUCUGAAAUAUCAACUAUAUGUAGAUACAGUAUCAGGUUUAGUUUAAGUUCCAUCUUUAUCGCAUACUAUUCUAACCUUGACUGUUUAUAAGUAAAACAAUGUAUCAAAACUUGACAUUUUUGUGAAAGUAUUCAGUGGUCGUUCAUAGACACGACAUAAGGUAAAAAUGCGUGAAAUGUGUUCUUUACAACUUCGUGAUAGACAACAUGAUGAACAUGUACUUACCUGUACUAUGGCUCGUUUCACAAAAGCAACGACCUGGGUAAAUUUUCAGAUAUAUGAAUAUGUGUAUUUUUUUUUCUAUCCUGAGAUUUGCGAAAGAAACAUAAUCUUGCAGUGAAACUAAUUUGCCUCUAUGGAAUUACUGUUUAUUCCAAAAACAAUAUCCUGUAUUGCCAAUGUGCUGUAGUGCAAGUUUGUUUUAUUCCCGAUGUGUUAAACGUAAUCGAACGCAGCUUUCUGGUGUAGUUUUAACGGAUGUUUUUGUAUGCCACGAAAACUUGAGUGCUUCUCACAAGGUUCCAGUGCGAUUCAUUAUGAAUAGUUGCUCUAAAGUAGCACCAAUAAGUAUGAGGGGAUACUUGAUCUGAUCAAGUGGUUAUUGAAAGUUCCUUACUAAACUGCAAUGGUAAGAUACAACAUGGAGGACAAUACAGUUUCUUUUUGGGUUUUUAAGAUUCACGUGAACGCUUGUAUAUUUUGUUGUACAAUUUGCACCCACGGUCCUUCAGAAGAACCGACUUUCGUUUACUCUGUCUGACAUACAUUGUAGAAUGUGC